UCUCUGUUAUGUUUGUUUAUUUUUAUUUUAUUCUUUAAACUGUGCAAAUAAAUAAACAUCUAAGCAUCUAAAUACUUCGUACACAGACAGUCCAUCAGUAGCCCUACAUUCCCUCGUGCUUGUACUCUACACAUACUUGUACACUAGUUGUUCGUCCGUAUCGUCGCCUCUCCAGCAGGGGGCGAUGAGAGCUACACCGGACAGAGGGGACCGGAGAAGAAGAAGACGGGACUCGGGCACUGAAGCUUUUAUAGCACCCAGUAGACGUGCUCAGGUGGUGCCCCGGUAGUAUCUGAGCGAGGAACCGUAAACACAACAGUAAAACCAUGACGAACGAGGGAAUAGAAGGCACGGAGAGGUUCCUGAGCCCGGGCAGCGGCAGAGGCCUGCGGGCGGUGAGGCACUUCUCUGUGGGUGAGAUGGUGUUCGCCUGUCCUUCCUACUCCUACGUGUUAACGGUGAAUGAGAGGGCAGCGCACUGCGAGCACUGCUUCAGCAGGAGAGAAGACCUUUUCAAGUGUGGCAAAUGUAAGCAGGCCUACUACUGCAAUGUUGACUGUCAGAGAGGCGAUUGGCCGAUGCAUAAGCUGGAGUGUGUAGCUAUGUGUGCCUACGGGGAGAACUGGUGUCCAUCAGAGACUGUCAGACUGGUGGCUCGAAUCAUCAUGAAACAGAGAGUCACAACAGAGCGCACCCCUUCAGAGAGGCUGCUGCUGCUCAAAGAGUUUGAAGCCCAUUUAGAUAAGAUGGACAGUGAGAAGGAUGAGAUGAACCAGGCGGACAUAGCAGCGCUGCACCACUUCUACUCCAGACACAUCAGUGACCUCCCUGAUGAACAGGCUCUCACUGAGCUCUUUGCGCAGGUUAACUGUAAUGGUUUCACCAUAGAGGACGAAGAGCUCUCCCAUCUGGGAUCAGCUGUUUUUCCUGACGUAGCACUGAUGAAUCACAGCUGCAGUCCUAAUGUCAUAGUGACCUAUAAAGGCACAGUGGCUGAGGUCAGAGCUGUCCAGGAGAUAAACCCCGGAGACGAGGUCUUUAACAGCUACAUAGACCUGCUCUAUCCAACAGACGACAGGAAAGAGAGGUUGUUAGAUUCCUACUUCUUCACAUGCCAGUGUACUGAGUGCACCACCAAGUCUAAGGACAAAGCUAAAAUGGAGAUCAGGAAGCUGAGUGUUCCACCAGAGCCCGAGGAAAUCCGAACUCUGGUCCAUUACGCCAAGACUGUCAUCGAGGAGUUCAGGAGAGCCAAACACUUCAAGACCCCCAGUGAGCUGCUGGAGAUAUGUGAGCUUAGCCAGGAGAAGAUGGGCGCUAUAUUUGCAGACACCAACGUAUACAUGCUGCACAUGAUGUACCAGGCCAUGGGUGUGUGUCUCUACAUGCAAGACUGGGAUGGAGCUAUGAGCUACGGAGAGAAGAUCAUUCAGCCAUACAGUGUUCACUACCCAGCCUACUCUCUGAAUGUGGCAUCUAUGUAUCUGAAACUGGGACGUCUGUAUCUGGGGCUGGAGAAGAAGAGACAGGGAGUUAAAGCUCUAAAAAAGGCAGUUGCCAUCAUGGAGGUGGCUCAUGGGAAGGAUCACAAUUAUGUAGCAGAGGUCAAACGAGAGAUUGAUGAGCAGAAGUAAACGAGGAGCAAAAAGAUUAAAGAGGCUUCUCGGAGGAGCACUGGAGUGAAGAGACUCUCUUAGAACAACAACAAUACACGUCACAACUGCAUGCCAUGCAUCUUAUUGCCCUCCGUUUUUCAUCACCCACUCUUUUGUUUUAAUGCCUCUUUGUAGGCAGAGUUUCUUUUUCCAUGUCUACAUAUUGAGGCUGAGGAAGACCACGUUUUGUACCUGUAGCAGACCGGGAGUUAUGAGCAGACAAAUUAGGAUUACAAUUUUCUUUGCAAUGGGGGGAAAAAAAAGGACCGGAAUACUUUCUGUGUGCGGAAGCUCAUGAAAAUGUGAUUCAGAAAAUGAUCACAUUAGUGGAAAAAAAGAGACUGUCUUUUAAAAGAAACAACGCUUCUAUUUGACGGCUACGUAAAAUCCAUUCUCUGAUGUAAAAUGUUCCGUUUUUCUUUCCUUGUGAAUUAAUUCACUGUAGACCCAUCAACAGGCCAUGUUGUCACAUAUGUCUUUGUAAGCAGUUUUAGCUGCACCGCAGAGCAGUUGUUUAAUGAUUUGAACCUCUGUACAAACUGGAGGCAUGAAGGGCAUUACUACUUUCUCCCCAGCCAAUGCCUUUCAAUUCUAUCAAACAGAGUUUCUGGUUUCAUUCAUUUUUGUUUAAACUGUGAUAAAAAUGUGACUGACCAUGCAUCAGGUACUCUGUAGCAACGGAGAAGAGAAUGCAAAGAACUAUUCCUUAAUGAAUACUCGGUUGUUUGAUCGGCUUGUCUUACAGUUUGUUUGCUUGUUUUAAAGAACCAGGAAACGUGAUGCAUGUUUAUGUUGUGCAUAUGAGGCUUGUUGACCAAAGAGCCCUCGGGUUGACUGACAGGGAACCAGCUAUAAUUCUCUAUUCAGUGUAUCCUGAAACAGGGGUGCUGAUCUGAGGCCAGGGUGACUACUGAAGACAUUGGUACUGUGGCCUGACUGCUGAUCUGGGAUCAGAGCCCCUAUGCUCUCAGGAAAAAGGCUUAACACUGUAGCGUUUGUUGCCUUUUCUCUAGAGAUGCAUUAUUUUUCCUUUUGUGAUUUCUCAGCAGCAUUGUGAAUCCAGAUAGUUGUUAUUUUGGGAAUGAAAUCACUGAAGCAGAAUAUGAACAUGCAGUAUAACCUGGUAGGAUUGUCUUUUACAUGCAGGUGAAAACACUCAAUUUUAUAAUCAACAAGAAUGAAUGCACCAUAUCACCAUCUUCCUCUAAUCUCUGCUUCAGUGCCACCAUCAUUUACGCACAGUUUUACUUUCUGUUUAAACCAUAAUAUAUAGCAAAUUGUACCAACAUCGCAACUUUUUAAGGAAGUUAUCUUCAGCAGGAACGGGUACUCCAAAUACAUGAAAUCUAUGUCGUAGAAUCCUGUUGAGAUUCAGGUUGGUCAGAGAUUCUGGAAGAGUUGGCUCUGUGUAUUGAUUAACAGACCACAAUCCAAAACCAUGAGGAGGAGCAGUCGCAGGUCGUGAAACUGAAGUUUUCUUCUUGCAGUUGGUUUGAAUCAUAACACAGAAAUCUAAGACUAAGCAUGCAGUGUGUGUAAAAAGUUGAGGCAAUGUCAAGAUCAUCAGCUGGGCCUUAUUUAAGGGUUCUUGUUGCAGUCACGUUUUGUACAUUAUUUGUGAUAAAAUGAUGUCAACAUCG